CAACGGUGGUGCUGAGACGGUGGGACUAUUUGUUUGGUACAAUCACCAUGGCAACAGAGAAUUGAACAGGGGAGCUUAAUGAAAUCGAAGGCUUGCGCUUGGCUAGAAGUUUGACCAGGAGAAGAGGCAUUGGCAGGACAUGGAUGUCUGUCUGUAAGGAGAGAAGAAUUUGAAUGAAUAUACUUUAUUGACAUUUCAUGUGAAGGGUAUGAAGCCUUUCCUGAAGGAGCUGCUGGACCCAACAGGACGCCAUGUCUUUGACAGCCUAACCAGAUCAGAGGCGGGGCUAACCCAGACCCACACACACUGUCUCAGGAAAGGGUCUUGCAGCACCAGUCUAGGUCUGUACCCUGGCUGUCUGCCUGUUCUCCAGAGCUGGCCUGCCUACAUCACCUAUGUGUCUGACACAGUCCGAGACCUGCAGGAGAGUGAGAAGAGGAGGAGGGGAGAGAACUCUACCUGUGUCACUCAGACCGCAUGGGCGUCACCCCACCGCCAACCGCAAACAAGUCACAGGAGUGGCACCAUGACAACCCAUAGGUUGUUUCCAUGUCAACUAGACCAACAGGUCAUCUCCAGUCUCAGUGGAUGAAUAACUCAUCCUCUCCAGCGUCCUGCACAAAGUUUGACAUACAGUAACACACAAUCCCUUUCUUCUCCUCCUUCCAGUCUGCUGUCUAUCCCUCUCUCUCUUAGUUCCUGGUCCACUCCCCUGACCUCUCCUUCUUCUGCCCCUCCGCCUCCUCUUUCUGACGGUUCAGCCCCUUAUAACGCCCUUCUUCUCCUCUGGCCUCCCUUCUUCCUUCUCUGUUUGGCAGGACAACCCCUUCCCUCCCUUCUCUAGCCUCCUCUCCUCUCUUUUCCCUUCCUUAUUCUCCUACAUCCAUUCUCUUUCAGCACAGCCCUUUCUUCCCCUCUUCUCUUAGCAACCUCUCGCCUACCUUCUCAGUCCACCCAGGCUGUCCAUGGCCAUUCCCUUACGAUGCUGUUCUGCAGGCAGGGGACAGAGAGAAGAGGGGAGUGCAAAGUAUGAGUUCAUGUUAUAGGUACAACCUUUAUUUAACUAGGCAAGUCAGUUAAAACCUGUUAUGGCGAAAACCCCCCAUUCAGCUGAAAAGGUGGU